UCAAGUAGAAACAUUCGUAGGUUGGGAUAUUCGACUUAAAUGGCUCACCAGUUCGCUGAAGUAGAUAAGCUAAGGGAGACGCUACUCGGGCGCGAGGAAUCUGCUGACGUGCACCGGGAGGGCAUUGUCAGACAGGAUGUUUUGACGCGGAUUGAGACAGUCAUUCAGACUGUAGUCACGAGUGUGUCUAAAGGUGAGGCACCUGUGCUGAGUGUGAUGAACAGAUCCAGCUGGGCCAAUGUCAGGUUUCAUGAGUCUAUUGGAUUGGUACUGAAGCCAGAUGCAUCUGUAGUGACUCUUCGAUGUGACUGGCCUUCAUCAGCCACCAAAUUUGCACUGAUUUUAAAGCUCUUGUCUGUAAUUUACAAACUUGUUCAAAGUGACUCCUAUGCCACUAAAAGGGAUAUAUAUUACAAUGAUCCACAGCUGUUUGGGUCACAGAAGACCGUGGAUUCCAUCGUGGAUGACAUUUCGUGCAUGCUCAAGGUUCCCCGCAGGAGUCUGCAUGUUUUUGCAACAUCCAAAGGCCUUAUCUCAGGUGAUCUGUGUUAUUUGGAGGAAGAUGGUACGAUGGUGGACUGCAGUUCGAGCACCACAGCCGUCCCCGUGUCUUCCAAUGUUAGUGGGAUCAAUCACAUUGUAUCAUCUGCCAAAUUCAUCCUUAUAGUGGAGAAAGAUGCAACUUUCCAGAGACUCCUGGACGAUGACUUUUGUACCAGACUGUCUCCAUGCAUCAUCAUAACUGGUAAAGGUGUUCCUGAUGUCAACAGCAGACUGAUGGUGAGGAAACUGUGGGACACACUACAUGUCCCAGUCUUCGCUCUGGUGGAUGCAGACCCGCACGGCAUCGAGAUCAUGUGCAUCUACAAGUACGGCUCAGUGUCGAUGGCCUUUGAGGCGCGCAGUCUGACUGUCCCCAGUGUGCUGUGGUUGGGCCUCCUGCCUUCAGACAUUCAGAGGUACAGGAUUCCAGAAGAAGCUAUGAUUCCAUUUAGUCAGGCAGAUGAGAGGAAAAUCAACAGCUUGAGGAGCAGACCGUACAUCACCUGCCAACCAACAUGGGAGAAUGAGAUCAAAGCAAUGCAGAGACUGAAGCAGAAAGCCGAGAUACAGUCCCUGGCAUCUAUAGCUCCUCGUUUCCUCACUAGAGUUUAUCUUCCGAACAAACUGCGUUAUGGUUGCUGGAUAUGAGCUUAUACUGCCAUCUACUGGAAUAACAUCUCUACUACAGCAAUCAAUUAUUGAAUUCAGCAGAAGAUAUAUUUAGUGUUACAGCGUUUUUAUUUUAAACUAGCUUACUUACUUUAGCUGUUCUGUAUGAGUGUCGCUGGAUGUACUGGCUAAGAGCUUCUGAUAGCUGGUUCGAAAUGUCAUGUUCACAAAUUCUUUACAAAUAGGCUUAAAUAAACUGCAGUUUCUUGUUAAUUUGUUUCUAACUUUGUGAUAACUUAUUUAUUAGUAGUAUAAAUCAACAACAAACUAUUCUAAAAUGCCGUCAUGAAAAUGAUUGCUUACGAUAAUAUCCCAGAU